UGUUUCUUGGCUAGACCAAGCAAAAAGAGCGAGAGAAAGAGAAAUGGAUUUAAUAUCAGAGUGUUUCUUGUACUGAACGUAGGGGGCUCCACGAUUCCCCAGGCAUCCAUUUCUCAGUAUCAACAACCAUCUUCAGGGACUUCUGCCACCGCCUUUACCAGAGACCCCAGCAGGGGGCUGAGCACACAGCCUGCAGGCCCGACAGCACAUCGACAUACUGGGCAGGGUCAUCAGCAGCAGCAGCAGCAGCACCCUGAAGCGCAGCCAGCCAAGCCUGUACCACCGAGACGGCGCAACUCAAAAACACAGAGCCAGUCCAGGCCCCAGGAACAACUCCCAGCCCAGGCUGCAGAAAAAGGUCAAGACCAGGGCAGGCGUCAACAACAACAACAAGUUCAGCUCAAGCGCCAGGAACAAGUCCAGUCUGGGGCUGGAGGACAGCUCCAGUGCAGGCCUCAGGACCAGCUCCCUCCCAGGGCCCAGGACCAGCUCCCAGGUGUGCCCCAGUCGGGGUCUCCCCCUCAGGCCCAAUCCCAGUCUCCCACACAGUCUCUGUCUCCACCUGAACUCCUAGAUGAGGCCAAGGCCCAACCUGAUGCCAGUCAAGAGCAGCAGGCUACACAGGGAAAGGCCCAGGGCCACCCUCAGCUGAAUAAAUCUCAGUCACUCAGUAAUGCUUUUGGCCUUGGAGAUAAAUCUUUCUUCCGGAUGGCCAGUGAGGAUGUGGCCAAAGCAGAAAGCAUUCGGAACCUGCGCAAGUCUUUUGUGAGCUUGUUCUCUGACUAGGGACAUGCACAAGAGAAUAUAUUGAAAUCACAAUUCACACUCUAAAUUUAUGCAUCAAUAUAAGCCAUAGAUGUUGAAUAUACUUUUUUUCUGAGUAAUACAGCUUAACAGGGUUGGUGAUGCUUCACAGUGUUGUUGAGUAGUAUUUCAUGUUCAUGCCAUUGAUUGUUAUUCUUUCUCUGAAUGUAGUCUUUACUUCUAGUUCAUUUUUAACAAAUGUAUACUGUAUCUCACAAAAAAGAAAGCUUGCCACUUCCCAUCGCACAUGCCAUAAAGCAACAAUUAACACAGCAUGCUAUGGUGCCAAUGUUUUGAAUCAUAUGCCCACUAGGUGUUUCACUUGAGUUAUUGUAUUUUCUAUUUUUAUUGUAUUUUAUUUGAAUGUGUUUGAUUUCAGCUGAGAUGAAUACCAUGCUUUUGUCAGUGAUUGGUGCAACAUAUUUACAUGUGAUACACAUCUGUGUUAUCAUACAGAGCUGAACCUGUGGAAUAGACUUUUAGCUAAACCUUAAGUAUUGCAAAAAUCAAACAUGCACAUCAUGAUGAAUAGGCUACUUUACUCAUGAAGUUGAUCCCAAAAAGCCCAUUUGCCCUUUCCCAAAAGCUGUCCGUAUUGCAAUUGAGUUAAUGUAUCUUUCAUGAGUGUUGUGCUGAAUUGUGAGUAUAAUAUCGAAAUAGUUUGAGAAGCUGAUUCAAAAUAUAGCCUAGCUUCUUCUGCUCAUGCAUA